UCAAAGGGCGGUCACACGGUUAUAUACACUCAACGUUUUAUAAAAAAGAAAAUCGCGAAAACAAAUACAGAAAAUAUAAACCAAACAGAUAUGACUACCGCCAAGAUAUUUGUCGGUAGCCUGCCACCUGGUUGCAAGCCGGAGGAACUACGUCGUCUCUUCACCACUUUCGGAGUAGUCGUUGAGUGCGAUGUCAUGAACCGAUGUGGUUUUGUACACAUGGAAUCUACUGAUGUUGCCGAUGCAGCAAUUGGCGCCUUAAAUGGCACUGAUUUCAAAGGUCAGUCGAUUGUCGUAGAGCCUGGCAGACCAGGUAGGAAGGGAGGUGGAGCUGGAGGUGCUGGGGGUGCCGGCAAUCGUGGUCAGGGCGGCAAUAUUACUCGCAGGCCAAUGCAAGGAUCUGCCGGACACGUAAAUAACGGCCCACCCGCUGGCGCCGGUGGAAACUUCAAUCGUGGUGGUGGUGGUCGCAUGGGUGGUAACAACUUCAGAGGUGGCGCGGCUGGCGGCAGUUCUGGCGUCGGUGGAAGUAGAGGUCAGAAUUGCUCUAACGGAAACAGCUUAGGACCCAUGCGAACUGAGAGCCAAAACAGACAACAGCGCAACGCGCCAUAUAAUAAGGGAACCCCUCCCCAAAACACGGAUGGACCUCCAGCUUUUAAAAACAAGUUCAACCAAGGCGGGGCUGGUAACAAAUUUGGUGGAGGUGGCGGUGGAAAUUUCAAUAACUCGAAUAACCGUUUCGUUGGCAACUCGACCAAUCAGUUCCAAAGCUGGGAUAACAAUAAUAGUGGUGGACCCGGUGGUAGUAACACAAGUGCGCCGGGAGGCAGAAGAAAUUUUAAAAACAGUCCAUCCAGUGGAUUUGGGGGUAACGCAAGCAACACUGACUUUCAUCCUGGCAGCAGUGGCGGUGUCGGAACAGCGUUUGGAAAUCAAAGGGGUGGAGGCGGUGGAUCGAACAAUGUUGGACAAGACCGUCGUGGAUUCGCUUUGCCUGCAGUUGAUCAACAACAACAACAGAUGUCAUUUGGUGGACAACAGGCUCGUUUUGGCAAUGGGCACAUGCUUCCAAAUUCAAAUAAUGCAGACAAUGGAAUGUUUCAACGCAACCGCAACAAUCCAGUCAUGAACAGUGGCAAUUUUCAAGGCGGUCGAGGAGGCUUAAGUGCAAAUCGUGGCGGAUUUACUGGACGCGGUGGAUUUAAUGCGCGUCGAGGCGGUGCAGCUGGUGGUGGCGGCGCGCCACAUAACGUAUCACAAAUUCAAGGAGUUGGAUUUCAAAAUCGCGGUCUUACCAAUGCCAAAAAUCUGAAUGGGCCAAAUGCAUAUCACACAGAAUUUCCGCCACUUGGAAACCAAGGCGGGGGGCCCUUCAAUAGAAAUCGAAGCAAUGGCCCUCGACCAAAUGUUGGCGCGAACAGGCGGUAUUGAAAUGUUUCAAAAUAUAUUUUUUGUUUUUAAUUUUAAUGUGGACGCUGAUGUAAUUCACUUCGGAUGAAAGAACUCAUAGCCGAAUUUUGUUUCUACAUUUUACACCUUUAAGUUAAGCAUAAAAUUGAUAUACCUGUCGAGAUUUUCAUUUCAGUUUAAUUGUUAAUUGUACUUGAAAGUGUUCCAUAUCGGAUAAAGUAACCAUUUUUAUUUAGAUCUUGCAAAUGUAACAUUGAAAUAAAAAUUAAUUUAUUAAAUACA